AUACAAUCCGUUGCGCGCAAACACUUCACAACAUACUCUCCGUCCCGUUGGUCGAGAAGCAUGUUCCCACGGGCCGGGUCUUAACUACUAUUGCUCAGUGCAAACGAAAUGAGUUGCAUGCUGACUCUACCGAGAUGGUAGCUUACGCAGAAGGGGGGAAGUUAGCGAUCGUUGCUCUUUAUGUUGUCUCCCCUGGUCAUCGAGCCAAAUUCUUGGAUCGAAUAAAUGGUCUCUCUAGGGAUGAGAAGAGACAGUUAUUCUCGGUCCUAUCCACCACCCAACCAGACAAAUCUUUUGUUACAUUCAUUAACACCUACAUUACUAAUGAUCGAGUGGAUAACUACAGAAUCCGAUCUAACUAUCAUAUCCUCUCUGCCAAAUGGAAGUCCACUUCUAGCAAUAAUAACGGCGUUAGUCUGGUCAGGAGGGUGAAGAGAGGAGAGCGGGCUAUUGGGGGCCCGGGAUCUGGUGAUGAUUCACGCGUCCAUUCCAGUUCCACACAAUCAGACCCCUCUAAUAUUUCCAACUUUUCCCCCGGUAACACUACACCCAUGUUACAGUCGCAGGCAGAACCAAGCAUGUCGACACAUGCGUUUGGUACCAACAACACCGACCCGCGAGCAUUAGACGCCGAUAAUGACGCUAGAGGGACGGACUUGCGAGAAACAAGCAGAGAGUUCCAAGCUAUCAACUCCAGCCGCCGUGGAGGCCCUCACCACGGCAACUCCAGCAAGGUUUUGGUUCAAGAUACGUUGCCUCUCUACUGGCUUGCUGCUACGGCUCAACAGGCGCAGGAUAGGAUCGAAUAAUCAAAUCUGUACGACAAAAACGACCACGGAAAAUCGGGUGCCCAGGUGGACGAGACGGUUGCCCAUGACAUCAAAUCACGCGGACUUUCCCGUGUUAUCUGGCCCGGGGAACCAGCCCCCUCAAAUUCCAUGGUAGCUUCCAGUUCAUUGGCAGGACUUAGUUCAAGGAUCCCAGUACCUGAUGGACCACCUAUAUAUUCAAGUCGGCUCGUUGCACAUCUUUCGUUGACUGACCCUACCUCGCCCAACACGGGGUACAUUGAUCCAACUUUCUUAGACAUCUCACGCACCAAAUCUCCGUCGCAUCCCC